AUGCCGUCACAGAGCCCAGAGAAGCCCCGAGACCAGCCACCCAAUCUUUCGAGCGUGUCAAGACCUUCCCCUCGAAAGCACAAGGCCCGCGGGUCCGGAAGUUCAAACAGAGAGCAGCUGCUGUCGCCCAAGAAGAAGCAGACCAAGCAGCCGCUGCACAUUCGCAUGAACCUCACGGAGACGCAGAUGGACAAAAUUACGGACGCCUUCACCAACAAAGUCACUAGCAGUCCUGUCAGAGCGCGUCCGCGUGUCGACACGACGCCUACCAAGCGCAUGGCCCAGUCUCAGCCAGGCUCCAGCAACCACCCGACCAUGAAUUACGCCUUCAGCAGCAGCGAAGAAGCGGAUACUGAGUCGCGCGUCGCGUCGACGACCUUCUCCGAGCUGAUGCCUCGCCCCCAGGCGGAUAUUUUCGCCCCCAGAGCGGACCCAAACCUGGCUGCUCGACGCCAGAUGCAGCCUCCUUCUCCUAUCCAGGUCAGCACCCGACGCGUUGCCGGGGCUGUUGCUUUCAACCCCGAACAGGCGAUGCCAGUGUCGCCUCUUACCCCGCCUGGCCUUGAACACCAUGGCUACGUUCAAACGCGCCCUGAGAGUGAACAAGCCUCUGGAUUCUAUCCGGCCUGCCAGCAGGCCAUGUCGACGGACCGACGGGGCACGUAUGCCACUGCUUCCUCGGACGGAAACGCCAACGGCCCCGUCAUCGACAUGUACAAUGCCUGGACCGCCAUGCGAAGCACUGGCGAUUCUUUCCAGCCGCCUCCGCGUGUGGAGAGCCUGGCUCACCGACCUCGCCGCUCCAAGAGCACCUCCGAGGGCCUCAGGUCCGACUGUCUGCAUCGCCCUAGCACCCUCAGCCCUCCCACUCCUCCCCCUGCGCUCCCAGCACGCAUUCCUGCUGCUCAAGUCGUCGUUGCAGCAAGGGACGAGACCCUCGAGGACCAGGUCUUCUCGCCGCUGGCGCUGUAUUUCUGCGGCCGCGACUUUCCAACUGUGAAGAAGGGCGAGAAGACCAUGAUUGGGCAGAAUGGCUGGCUGGAGCGCACCGAGCGCUCGUCGCCCGAGAAGGAGAAGAAGACGCCGCAGAAGAAGGCGGGUAUCCUUGAAAGUAUCAAGAAGAUUGCAAAAGACAUGACUGCAGAGUUCAACUCGAGCCGCAAGGCCCAGGCCCAGGUCAAAGACGCCGGACCACCAUCCCAGAUCGCCAUCUCGCUCAGCCCACGGGAGCAGAGUCUGCUCUACUGCGAGCUCGAGUAUCAUCUCACCGGCGCCAUUCACGACUACAUCACCGAUGAGCUCGAGCGAGGCCAUCUUGUGGCCGACAACCUCAAGAAGAUUGCGGACUUUUGGGUGUCUCAAGGACGCCCCAAGGUCGUUGGCUUCCGUUACGACCUGGAGACGCAGCUCGAGCUCGUCAACCUACACAUCAAUGACUUCAACUUUUACGGUCGCCGCCAGAGCAACCCCGUCGAGAUCGCGGGCCUCUUGCACUGCAUGAAGGUCAACGCGCGUCAGAUGCGCGUCCGCACCUUCUGCCAGCCCGACUCGGUCGUCGCGAAGCAGCUCGUCGACUCGCAGUCGCUCUUCAACAUGAUCAACGUCUCGCGCGCGCGACAGGUCGGUCUCGCCGAGAUCGCGCAGUUCUUCAAGGCCAUCGUGGAGCGCGAGAGAGAGUACCGCGAAAAGAGAAGCCGCGAGGUGCGCAAGACCCGCGUCGAGCAGCCUGGACAGAGCUUCGCCAGCUCGGCAUGGCCGCAGCAGCAGUACGACCGUCCCCGCCACUCGCACCAGAAGAAGUCAUCGCGUGAGCACGACAACAGGGCAGGCGACCGCACCUCGUACGGAGCAAGGGAGGUGCAAGGCGACUGGACCUAG